AUGCAAGCCGCGAGGACGCGUUCGUCUGUUGAUCGGCAGUCUCCUGGAAGCCACUCUGAAAGCUAUGAGAGCAUCAUGCCCCUUGCGCAGACUAAGGGUUCGCCGCCCAGACCGACCCAGAAGCGCGUGGCAUCCAAGGCAAAAAUGCCCGAGGAUCUUGCUGAACCGCAUAUUUCAGCAUCGGGCUUUGGUAAUUUAAUAUCUGGCGCAACAUCACAGAGGUCUGUGGGAAAGCAGCACCUCUGCGACAGCUGUCAAGAGGCAGGGGCAUCCGUGUUCUGCUUGAACUGCCAAGGCUGGCUUUGUAGUCGAUGCGAAGCUAAUAUCCACCAUAACAAACUCUUUGUAAGGCAUGAGCGCGUCAGUGCAUUGGACUACAUGCCUCCUGUCAUGUGCAAGUACCAUGAAGCAGAAGUGACGACGCACAUUUGCGCCACGUGCCAAGAGCUGUGCUGUAUUUAUUGCAUUGUCAGCGGCUCCCAUCCACCUGGGCCGGACCACAUUGUUCAGAGUGUCGCCAAGGGGCUGUCCGUGGUUCGCUUGGAAAUGUCUUCUGCCCUCGAUCUUCUUCAGCAGAAGAGCUCUGACUUGGAGCAGGCCCUCGAAAGCCUAAAAGUGUCUACAGAUGAGCUUAACGAGAGCGUUGAGCUUGUCCGAUCCCGCACUCGAGAAGGCUUUGAGCGCCUCCGGAAGAUCCUUAACGAAAGAGAGGCUGAUCUCUUGGACAACAUAGAGCGUUUUAAAAUCGAGCAAUCUCGAGAUUUGCACGAUAAGACACAGAUAAUACGCGCUGCACACACAGGAAUUCGGAGCUUGAUACAAGAAACAACCCAGAAACUUCAGCAAAGCACCGGGCUCGGAGCUGUUCUUGAGCAGGUAGACGGUGUCGAUGGGUCUACAAGUAUGCAAUCACUCCCCGCCAAGCACGGGACCAACAGUGGCACCAGUGAGUACAAGCUGGCCCUCUACAAGGCCACGAACAUCAUCAAAUUCUUCACUAUGAGGCGCGACGAACUUCUGCGCGGCAAAGAAUACGACACACGCAGCGCGACUGCCACCGCAGAAAUCCUCGCAACGGAGGUCAUGACCCCCCGCCGCUACUUCCUUGACUCCGAGGCAGUGAAAGAAUACAUCGAAGGGAUCAAGGCUCUCGAGAUUGCUCUCUCUGAGUUUGGGUUCAAGCACGAUGAUAGAGAGUAG